AUGAAGCAAGAUGGUGAUCAGCUCGCUACUGCUGGUCCGGAGCAUUCGACUCCAUUGCAGGUUGGCAAGAGUGAUCGUUGCAUGGAGUUGCAUGUCAUGCAUCGGGUCGCCGCUGGGAGCAACCAGAAUCUUUUCGAAGCCACUGCCAGCCUUGAAAAUAUGCGGUGCGUGAGUGCGAGGGCUUUUCUCUUUCCAGCUGUCAAUGUGUUUUGCUGGUGGCGGCGCAGGCCGCAUUCAGGCCUGCUGGGCAUACGCAUUGGCGAGGCCGCCAACCCAGGACCGGGUGCUGCUUCGGCGACGGCGAACCGGAGGCGGGAACACAUGACACAGGAGGCACUGCAGACAAUCAUUCAGCUUCUUGUGGCAAUGGUAGCAGUUCUCGCGGGGGAUAACCCGGCGAUCAAGUCACAGCUGGCGGGCAUUCGGAACUUGAUGACGAAUAUGUCGGGCGGGUUUGCUGAUGAAGUUGGGCCCCCUGCCAGACGGGUGUCCUUUGAUGAUACUGCUGGUCAGUCAGACAAUGAUGGGUUUCAGACGGUGUCAAGGCGCCGUGCGCGCAAGAACCAGAGCCCUCCAGAGCCGGAGGCCACAAAGGGAGGCGGAAAGACCAAAAGCUUCGCUGCUGUUGUCGGAACGGGUUUGUCUUCUGGAAAGGGCAAGGGGAAAGGAACCCCUCAACCGCCCAAAGGACAGGGAAAGGCUGCCAAGGCCCCCUCGGGUGCACCUGCUCGGCCCCAGCUUCGUGACCGGGAUGGGAAUGGCGGCGUCCCAGCUCAACAGCUUGAGUGGCUCAGUGUUGGUACUUGUCCGCGACGCGGAACAGACCGAUGCAUUGAUGAUGAUGCUCACUGGUGCCGGCGCCAAGUGCUCAGCAAGAUUGGUUUGGCUGAUCCGGAUGGCAAGUUGAAGCUGCCCGUCGAGAGCAAGGACGGCAAGGAUGUCCGCAUUCUGCAUUUCGCAUGCGUAGAUUUUCUCACGCCAGGCACGCCGUUGCCCACCUUGAAGAAUGCGCCCGCGGCGGCCAAAGCGGUUCCCGCUGGUGAAGCUACCACCACCUUGCGCACUGUCUUUGGCAAGCUCUUCUUGGAGGAGUCAGACUGGACCAGGGCGUCCUCGGCGCCCAAGGCUGCCGUUCAGAGAUGGGUGCGUGGCACGCUCAAGGCCGAGUUGCACGGUGCCGUCAAGGACGCUUGGGGCUUCGCCCAGGAGACUCGUUUGAGAACCCCGGCCGUGGUGGGCUUGAUCCGUGUGCCGGUCAAAGUCGUGGAGACGCUCCUUGGCUCGUCGGGUGAUGGCGGCGUCUUCCUGGAGCCUGCAGGGCAGGAGCACAACGUCAACUGCAUGAUCGAGUGGGUCGGGGCUCAGGAGACGGAGUCUUGGCCGGCAGCGUUCAAGCGAGCGCUGGAAGCUGCGCGUCGCUUUGGCGCCUUUCUUGGCGAGCGCCAAAUCGGCUUGCGCACCGAGGCCGGCACGAGUCCUGUCCAGGGCUUUGUUCGCUACUUCACGAUGCAAGGCACGCCUGUUGAAUGGAGUGAUGGCGUGGUCGCUGAGCUCGUCAAGGAGCAGAUAACUUUAACGGCAUCGAGGAGGAAAGGAAGGGCUCACUGGAUGAUCAAGGCCAAGGUGAGCCAUGCGGAUGCUGAUGCCUUCCAGAUUUUCGUGAAGGAAGGAAACACUGAGGCGCCGCCUUCGCAGCAUUGCAACAAGCCAGAGCAAAAGCCGGGAGCGGAGAGCUCUGCAGAGCCACCUUCCAAGAAGCAGGCCGUUGCUGAGAAGCUUCGCGGUCUCCCAGCCAAGGUCACGCUUCAGCGGGUUGAUGGCGAUGGAAAUUGCUUCUACACUGUCAUCGGCCGGGCCGUAGGCAGGCUUCGCAACGAACCUGCCCUUGCUCCCCACCGAGUCGGCGCUGAGAUCUGCGCGCAUAUGCGCAAACACCAGUCUUCUUAUGAGACGUAUUGGAGCGGGCAGGAUUCGACCGGGAAUGAGCUCGAAAGCUUCGCUGAGUACAUUGACCACAUGGCUGAUGCGGGACGUUGGGCAGGGAGUCUAGAGGCCUAUGGGGCUGCCAAGACUUACAAGGUCGCUGUGCACAUCAUCCCUGCGCCUCUUCGAUUGGCAAAGGCUGCUUACAACACCUCUGCUAGUGAUCGCAUCGCUCUUUGGUUUACCGAGAAGCCGGGCCAUUUUGAUUGGUUGUGUCCUGUUGAAGGCAACGAUUUUCCGGAGGACCUUUGUACGGGUCAUGCUGAAGGCCAUGUCACUGACCUUCCUCGUGGUGGCGGUCCCCAGGCUGCGAGCCGCGACAACGACUUUGUGAAGACGGUCUUCACCGUGGCGGCCGUUGUGGAGCAGGCGGAGGCGGCGUCUACUGUGUUUACGCGCGUGUCGAGGAUGACGCAGAGUGGAGGCGAGGCUGGUGCUACUGCUACUGGCAGCUGCGCGGCAAGCAGAGCCGCUUCGGAGGCUGCGAACUCCAAGGCGAACCAGUCCAAGUUUGACGACAACGGCGACGAGGAGGCGACAGUCUUUACCGACGCUGUGCGUGCUGCGCCGAAGGACAUUCGCGAAUUGUUCAAGGCGGGCAGGCGCGCGGGCUCCGGUGCCGUUUCUGUCUACACGGAGGGCGACUUGGACUUCGACUGCGACCUUCCGGCGGAGGUCUCGGGCGGGCAAGUCAAGUACUGGGUGCAGAAGAAACAGAGGCACAUCGACAACUUCCACCCGGCUGCGGGCUGGGCAUCUCUGCCACAGAGACUGAUCCGGAUGCGCGUCUUCGGCCUCGCAAACACCAUGGCGACACCUACCACCCGGCUGAAGCUGGCGGCUGGGGUGGCGAAGCGACUGCACCAACUCAAGGCAGGCAAGGCUGCGGACCACGACGUCACCUUCGUCAAGCUUCCUCCAACUCUGAGCGGCGGUGAAACGUCACGGGGCAAGCAGCGCAAGCAGCGCAACUUCUGCACCCGGGCGUUGUGCAAGCGCUGCAAACGGCUGGCGCAAAGCGUUGCUGAGCUUGGCAGCAAGCCGUGCAAGACGCACUCUGCGGGGGCAAAACGGCCUGCUUUCAUCGCCCGGCUCACGGCGGCCUUGCAAGCUGGCGGUUUGGACGACCUCGUGACGCGCGACGUUGAGUACCUGCUGGAGCUGUUUGCGGAGGACACUACGGACACGAACACCGAGCACGACCUCACGGCGACGGCGUGGUCCUUGGGAGGCCACGACUUCGUGGUGCGCUUCGUUUGCAGUGGCUGUGGUGGCGUUUGGAAGAGGCUUCGCGACGCGGAGGGCAAACAGUGCCAACCUGCCAAACGACGGGCCAUUCUCGGCAAGGUCAAGGAGCUCAACGCGGUGAUCGACGAGGGGGGCACUCCAGCGAAGGCGGCCAAGCUGAUUUUGGGCAUUAUGGGCGAGAAGGGCGGGGCGAGCUCUGACAAGAUCGAUCUGGAGCUCGCGCGUGGGGAAGGGAAGAUGGGAUCAGUUAUGGAUUUGGCGGCGAAUGCCGGCGUCGACGUGCUCUGUUUGCAGGAGACCAAGCUUACCGAGGAGGGCCCUCUGGCCUUCGACUGCGAAGGUAAAGCCUGUGGCGGGGUUGCUUUCGUGUCUGACUGGCCGGUCGAGCUGGUGGCGGCCCCUUCUGAUCAAAAUGGCUAUUUGCCGGCGAACGAUGCUGAGCUCAACAAGCACAUCGCCUCCACCGUGCUUCGCUGGGCUGUCACGACGGGCGAAGAUUUUGUGUUUUUAGCCGACUGGAACAGGACUCCUCACCAGCAACCGCUUUGCAACCUCGUGGCUAGUGGUGUGGUCUACGCCAUGGACCCCGACCCGUUCACAGAGGGCAAGGGCACUCACAGGCUUGAGGACGGCACUUACACGGGCAGGCUUUUGGAUUUUGGGCUUUCUUCGGCGCGCUUGGCAGUUUCAGGCCGCGCCCAACAGCUCGGCCCUGCAGACCACGAUCUCGUGACCUACGACGUCCACCGGCACAGUGGGCUACGAGGUUGGCGUUGGCAGGCUCAGCAGAGGCUCGCGCUCGACAAAGAAACGUGGACUGGCAGCUACACUGGCUGCUCCUUCCGCCAAGCCUCGUGGAGCAUCGGGCAGGCCCUACCGGGGCCCUACCUUGCAGAGGCUCACUUCGGCAAGACUGCCUCUGUACAGACACUUCGGGAAAGCAGCAGCAACCCGACGAGUGACGAGAACGCAGGCGAGGCCAAGCUGAACCGCUACCUGCAGCACCUGGCGGACGUCUACCCGGACCUCGCAGAAGUGGUGAGGCUACAAGGCCCUGCGCUCCUGACCUUUCUUCAGGAGAAAGCUGCUGAGGAGGAGAAGCGUGCCAACUGCGCAAGGCUGGACAAGUGGGCCCAGGACGUGCAGACUGACUUACCAAGGUUGGCGCGCUGGGUCAAAACUUCUUGCGCUGAGAAGAACACGUCUUUCGAGAACUUCGCUGUGGACCCGGACCCGCAGGCCAAAGCGGAGGCCGCCGCUGCAGAAUGGACACUUGUGGAGCCGUCACAGGCGGCCAGACGGCGUGGCCCUUCGCCAACUCUUGACCGAGCUGCAGCUGGGCAAGGCUGGGCAAGACCCGGCUCCGCUCCGCCCCUUCGCUUGGAGGGCCACGCUUUGCUUCGUCGGGCUCGUGCUACUGCAAAGAAGGUCAGGAUCUGUUUGAUCCCCAAACAAGAUGGCGGACUUCGUCCGCUUGCCAUUGCGGCGCUGGCAUGGGUGCUCGGCGCUGCCUGCUUGGUACAGCUGCUUGGCGACUGGAUUCGCCGUGUUUUCCCUGCGGCGCUCUACGGUGGCAUGCCUGGCAGAAGCGUCGACGACGUGCACGCGAACCUCACCCACGACCUCUACGUGCAGCGUGUCGGUGGGCCUUUGGCUGGUUGCAAGGCGGACGUCAGGAAGUGCUUUGACAGUGCUUCCCCUUUGCUGGCGGUUGACUGCCUGCGGGCGCUUGGGGCCAUUGCUGGCUAA